AUGGCAAUUAAGAACCCUGUUUGUGCAUCAUUGUCUUUUGUGAAUAUGUUUGCUGCUCACUUUAAUGAAACUGGCUCUUCCGAAAGUCUUCACAUGGGUGAAGUUGAUAUUCCAAUAAUAACAGAAAACGAUGUCUUGAUUCAAGUUUAUGCUAGUGCUGUCAACAGAGCAGACAUUCUACAGCGUCAGGGCAAAUAUCCACCUCCUCCUGGAAAAUCUUCAAUUUUGGGUUUAGAAGCUGCAGCAAUUGUGCAUAAAAUUGGAUCAAGUGUUACCAAAUGGAAAGUUGGAGAUAAAGUAAUGGCUCUUUGUAAUGGAGGAGCCUAUGCUCAAUAUGUUGCUGUCAAUGCAGAUCAUGUGAUGCCUAUUCCACCAAAUCUUAAUUAUGGUUCAGCAGCUGCAAUUCCUGAAGCCUGGCUCACAGCUUUCCAGUUACUGCAUACUCUAGGUGAAGUUAAAUCUGGUGAAACUGUGUUGAUUCAUGCAGCAGGCAGUGGAGUGGGGACAGCUGCUAUUCAAUUAGCAAAGCUUGCUAAAGCUGUUAUCAUAGCAACAGCAGGAACUGAACAGAAGUUAGCCAAUUCAAAGAUGUAUGGCGCUGAACAUAUUAUUUGUUACAAGAAAAAAGAUUUUGCUGAAGAGGUGAUGAGCUUGACAAAUGGAAAAGGUGUUGAUCUUGUACUAGACUGUGUUGGAGGUUCUUACUGGGAGAAAAAUAUCAAGUGCCUGGCUAAAGAUGGCCGCUGGAUUUUAUAUGGACUUCUCGGUGGACCACAUGUAAAUGGAAAUCUUUUGGGUCAGUUGUUGGCAAAACGUAUUAAGUUAACAGCUACAACACUUCGAUCAAGAUCAGAUGAGUAUAAAAGUGAACUUGUUAAAGAUUUUUCAAACAAAAUCUUGGACCACUUUAAGAAUGGUGAUUUCAAACCAGUUCUUGACAGCACCUUUUCUAUAAAUGAAUUGCCAGCUGCCCAUGAAAGGAUGGAAGCCAACCAAAAUAUGGGAAAGAUUGUACUUAUAGUUAAAGAGAAAGAUUGUGAUGAAGAGGGUAAAUGUGGACUCUCUGAUUAA